AUGUUGACUCCCAUUUUGACAAGAAUACAUCUACGUUAUGUAAACGCGUCAAAUAAUUCUCCCGGUUCGUGUUACAAGCCGGGAUUGUCAGCUAUUAUAGUCGAAAGUGCACAAACGGCAAAAGAGAAACUAGAAUUUCUUAAUGAGGUCAAAAGGAUGAAUCUAACACCAUUAGAUAAAGUGCUUACAAAGAAGAAAAUCGUCAACAGCACGAGGCCAGAAAAAGAAUUAGGGCGAGUUAAUGCACCUCAAGCUGUACUUUCACACUCUCGAAGUCGCAAAGUGGAUGGAAUGUAUUUGUCGCUACAAAUGCGAAGCUAUAAUGUAGUGAACAAAGAGUAUUGUUUUAAGUGA